AAGAAAGGUCUCUCUUUCAAAUUAACUCAAAAUUCGAAAUUCCAUUCCUCUUCUAUUUCUCUUUCUGAAUUUUGGGAAUCGAAAAACCCUAAGCUAAGCAAAUCGGUGACGAUGGGGAACACGGAGAAGCUGAUGAACCAGAUCAUGGAGUUGAAAUUCACGUCAAAGUCGCUACAGCGUCAAUCGCGCAAGUGCGAGAAGGAGGAGAAGGCGGAGAAGCUCAAGGUGAAGAAGGCGAUCGAGAAAGGCAACAUGGACGGCGCCCGGAUCUACGCGGAAAACGCCAUCCGGAAGCGCACGGAGCAGAUGAAUUACCUCCGCCUGGCCUCACGCCUCGACGCCGUGGUGGCGCGGCUUGACACGCAGGCGAAGAUGGCGACUAUCAGCAAGUCGAUGGGAAACAUCGUGAAAUCGCUGGAGUCAUCGCUGGCUACGGGGAACCUGCAGAAGAUGUCGGAGACGAUGGACCAGUUCGAGAAGCAGUUCGUGAACAUGGAGGUCCAGGCGGAGUUCAUGGAGAGCGCCAUGGCCGGAUCAACCUCUCUCUCCACUCCCGAAGGAGAGGUCAACAGCCUCAUGCAGCAGGUCGCCGACGACUACGGUCUUGAGGUCUCCGUCGGCCUCCCUCAGCCCGCCGCUCACGCCGUUCCGACCAAGGAAGCCGACAAGGUCGACGAGGACGACUUGUCUCGCCGCCUCGCCGAACUCAAGGCUAGAGGUUAACGUAAUUAAUUAAUCAAUUAAUACUGUCGCAUCAUCGUCACCGUCAGCAUCAUCAUCUCUAUCACUAUCCUGUUCCAUCGCCGAAUAUGCAAUGCUAUAUGUUUUCUGUAUAUUAAUCCGAAUUCGGUUGUUAUUUGGUCUUUACUUUUGAGGGGUAUUAUGACUUCUCUUUAUGUUAGUCUCAUCGUGUGAAUACUUAAUACGUUUAUACAAUGCUUGUAUUUGUCUUUUCA